AUGGAGCUGUCAGACGGCCUCCUGCUGCAAGUGAACAGCGGAGAGCAGUGGUGCAACCGCUGGAAGCAUCCCAACGAGGACUCGGUCAGUCCCGGAGUGAGAAACCUCUUUGAAUCCGUUUCUUCUUCUGAUGACCGCAGCACCAGCCCCUCUGUGCUGCGUUGUGUGACCAGCACCUGGAAGGAAGGACUUCUGAACAGAAAGAGGCCGUUUGUGGGACGCUGCUGCCACUCGUGCACUCCACAGAGCUGGGAGCGACUCUUCAACUCCAGCAUUCCUUCUCUGGGGCUGCGGAACGUCAUCUACAUCAAUGAGACGCACACCAGGCAGAGGGGCUGGCUCGCUCGCCGCCUCAGCUAUGUGCUGUUUGUCAUGGAGAGGGACGUGAAUAAGGACAUGUUCCCCCGAAAUGUGGUGGACAAUGUGCUCAACAACAGCAGAGUGGAGAGUGCGAUCUCGGAGGUAGCCUCAGAGAUGGACGCCGCUAGCUUGUCUGGAGCCGCCGGGAAAGUGAAGCAGAAAGCCCGCUCUUUCCUGCAGGAGAUGGUCGCCAACGUUUCACCCGCCUUCAUCAGGCUGACGGGAUGGGUGCUACUGCGGCUCUUCAACGGUUUCUUUUGGAGCAUCCAGAUCCACAAGGGCCAGCUGGAAAUGGUCAAGAAAGCUGCUUCAGAGCAGAACGUGCCCAUGGUCUUCCUCCCGGUGCAUAAGUCCCACAUCGACUAUCUGCUCAUCACGCUGAUCCUGUUCUGUCACAACAUCAAGGCUCCCCACAUCGCCGCCGGCAACAACCUGAGCAUGCCCAUCCUCAGCACCCUGAUCCGUAAACUGGGAGGUUUUUUCAUCCGUCGGAGAAUGGAGGAGUCCAGCAAUGGGAAGAGAGAUGUUUUGUACAGAUCACUUUUACAUUCCUACACGGAAGAGCUGCUGCGGCAACAGCAGUUCCUGGAGGUGUUCCUGGAGGGCACUCGCUCGCGCAGUGGGAAAGUGUUCCCAGCUCGGGCCGGAAUGUUGUCCAUCGUGGUGGACAGUCUGUGCAGCGGCGCCAUCCCAGACGUGCUGGUGGUGCCUGUGGGCAUCUCCUACGACCGCAUCCUGGAGGGAAACUACAACAGCGAGCAACUGGGAAAGCCCAAGCAGAACGAGAGCCUGUGGGGAAUAGCGUGCGGCGUGUUCAGGAUGCUGCGGAAAAACUACGGAUGUGUCCGAGUGGAUUUCAUUCAGCCAUUCUCCCUCAAGGAAUACCUGGAGACCCACACCAGCCGCCACAUCCCUCCCCCCGUGUCCCUGGAGCACAGCCUGAUGCCCAGUAUCAUAUCAGCCCAACCUGACGCAGUGCCGUUCGACGGUCAAGGUGACGGACAGGACAACCGAGAGCUGCCCGACGAGAUCUGCAGACGCCAUCUGAUCGCCAACCUGGCCAAGCACGUCCUCUACACGGCUAAUAAAUCAUCAGCCAUCAUGUCCACUCACAUCGUGGCCUGCCUGCUGCUCUACAGACACAGACAGGGCGUGGUUCUGUCCAAACUGGUGGAGGACUUCUUCAACAUGAAGGAGGAGAUCCUGUCCCGGGACUUUGACCUGGGCUUCUCUGGAAACUCUGAGGACGUGGUGAUGCGGGCGCUCCACCUGCUGGGCAACUGCGUCAACGUCACCAGCGGCUCCAAUCGCAACGGCGAGUUCACCAUCUCCCCAAGUCAAACGGUCAACGCCCUCUUCGAACUCAACUUCUACAGCAACGGCCUGUUCCACGUCUUCAUUCCCGACGCAAUCAUUGCUUGUAGUAUCCUGGCGCUGCAGAGAGAGCUUCCGGCGGAGGCGGAGACACAGGACAGUCCCUUUAACCUUCACUUGAGUCAGGAGCGACUGAUCCGAAAAGCUGCCGGACUGUCCCACUUCCUCGUGAAUGAAGUCAACGUGGCACCGCCGUGCGUGACCAUUUACCAGGUUUUCCUCGACGCCAUCGACCGACUGAUCCAGUACGGCGUCCUGUACGUGGCGGAGGAGGAUCAAGAAGAACUGAGCCCCACUGAAGAACCGUGGCCCAAGAAGUUCCCGGAGCCACUCUCCUGGAGAAGUGACGAGGAAGACGAGGACAGCGACUUUGGGGAAGAGCAGAGAGUGCGCUACUUAAAGGUGAGCGUGGCGGCGGAGCAUCAGGAGUUCUUCUUGUUCCUCCAGCGCCUCCUCAGUCCCGUCCUGGAGGCGUACGGCGGAGCGGCCAUCUUCCUCCACAGCCUGAGUCAGCCCAGUGCGGAGUCCGAGUACACGCUGCGCCUCUUCAAGUACCUGCUGACGCGCACCGAGAAGGGCGUGGCCGCCUACGGUGAAAGUGCAACUCAUUAUCUGGUGAAGAACACAGUCAAGACAUUCAAAGAACUCGGGGUCCUAAAGGAACGCAAAGAGAACAAGACGACCACACUGGAGCUGAGCAGCACCUUCCUAUCUCAGGCCAACCGCAACAGACUGCUGCAGUACAUCUUAGCAUUCACCUUACUGUGA